ACCCUUCGCGAUUCAAAUUCCUGCGAUGAACAACACGGAUGUGGUACCCCUGUUGUCACACACACACACAAACACAUGGUACCAAGUAGCGCCUCCAUCCAAGAACACUUAAAAAAAACAGAAACAAAACAAUCCUAAUCGAUGUAUCGGAUAGGAAGGGGUUAAGACGUGGCGGCUCCCAUCGACGUCGCCAUGAUCAAAUGAAUUCGCGGGUAAUUAAGUAUCGAUUUUCCCGCGGAGAGAGAGUGCUGUGCUUCGAGCCCGACCCCACCAAGGCCAAGGUGCUGUACGACGCCAAGGUCCUUGAUGUUGUCCUUGCUAGUAGUGAUCAACAUGGAAGGCGAGUCCCAAAGUACCUGAUUCAUUUCAACGGCUGGAACAGCAGCUGGGAUCGUUGGACUGAGGAAGAUAAUGUCCUUGGGGACUGCGAAGAAACCCGAACAUUGCAACUGAAACUGGCUCGUAAAGCGGCAGGUCGCAUGAAGAGAAAGGGGUGGGGGAAGGGGCGUCGCCAGGCAGAUGUUAAACCCUCUCUGAAGACCCUCCCCAAAGAGGAAGACAGCGACGACCCAUGUAAGGGCGCACCGGACAUGACAUGUUUGAUCUCGUCUUCGGGAAGCAGUGACGACGACGACACAGACCAGGACUCCUCCAACAGCGGUGACACCACCUUCUCCGAGGACCUGAACAAGAUGGUGAAGCACGCACUCCACACUAAGGGGGUGGAAGAGGAGGAGCCGCAGGUGAAGCAGGAGAGUGAGGACGAGGCCUCGGUCCAGAUGGACGUCAGCAUCACCAUCCCCGACGUCCUGAAGAAGAAGCUGGAGGACGACUGCUUCUACGUCAACAAGAGGAAGAGGCUGGUGAUCGUGCCGUGUCAGACCAAUGUGGUGCACAUCCUGGAGUCGUACGUCAAGCACUUUGCCAUCAACCGGGCCUUCCUGGCCAACGAGCGCUACCGCCGCAGCCAGGCAGCCGGCCAGCCUGCCCUCAGUCCCGGGGCCGUGCCCCCCGAGAAGAAAGAUUAUCCUGACGAGAUAUUCAGUAGUCUCUGUGUGCCCCUCAGCGAGGACCUGUGUAAGGAGAUGGUGGACGGCCUGAGGAUCACCUUCGACUUCACGCUGCCCAUGAUCCUGCUGUACCCGUGCGAGCAGGCGCAGUUCAAGAAGGUCAGCUCGUCCCGCAUCUUCUUGCCCGUCAGCGAGCCGUCGCUGGGCGCCAGCCGCCACGCCUUCAGCGUCCAGCGCGACCGCAGCCCCAGCCCCCCGGGCCACAACCCCCCCACCCCGCAGUCCACCGACAGCCAGCCCGCCCUGAGCGACGUCUCCGCCGUCACGCCCACGACCACCACCCCCACCCUCCCGGGCGCCGCCCCCACCCCGGCGGCCCCGCCCACUACCCCCACCCCCACCCCCACUACCCCCGCCCCCGUCGCCGCCGCCCCCGCCGUCGCCGUCGCCCCCACGCCGACGCCUAAACGCCGUCGCCACGCCGACAUGGACUGCCUGACGCACCAGUCGCUGCAGAGCAUCCAGUCGCUGCGGCGCUCCACCCGCGCCAACACCACCAGCGCCACCACCGUCGCCACGGCAACGGGCUCGGGGGAGCGGUCCGCUGACGGCGGGGCCAGCAGCGGAGGCGGAGGCAGCACGGCAGCGUCGCCCCAGCCCAAGAGACGCCUGGUGGAACCUCAGGCCCAGCCCAAGUUCUUCUUCAACUUGGACCGAAGAACCCCUGGCCACAGCGGCUCCUCCUCCCCGUUGCCCCUGACGCCCAGCCGGGAGAGGGGCGGGCCCUUCUACGGGCUGGAGAGCCGCCGGAAUAACGAGCUCAACGAGGUGCUGAGCUGGAGGCUGACCCCGGACAACUACCCCACGAGUGACCAGCCCCCCCCUCCCUCCUACCUGUACGGGUCUCAGCACCUUCUGCGGCUCUUUGUGAAGCUCCCUGACAUCCUGGGCCAGAUGCACAUCCCCGAGAGGAACCUCCGUGCCCUCAUCAAACACCUGGAGCUGUUCCUCAGGUUCCUGGCCGAGUUCCACGAGGACUUCUUCCCGGAGUCGGCCUACGUGUCGGCGUCCGAGGCCCACUACAGCAUGAAGCAGCCCAGGACCGUCUACUGAGGGGUCCUGGGGUGAAUGUACCCCCUCCUCCACCACCCCCCCCCCCCCCCCCCCCCCCCCCCCAGAUGGGAGAUUGGUCCAGGCUGGAGUGACGGAGGAGGGGAGAAUCUACUUGUGCUUUCGUGGUGCAAACGGCCGUUUCCCUGGAGUCUGUGCUACGCUACGCUAGGCUAAGCUACGCUGUUCUGAACUGUGCUCUUCUGUUCUACGCUAAAUGCAGGACUCCGCUCGGCUACGCUACGCGGAACUAGGCUACGCUGUGCUGCGCUAUGUGGGAUGACGCUAGGCUACGCUACAACUGUCUGUGAUGGACUAUGCUCGGGCCACGCCGCGCCACGCCACGCUACGCUAUGCUAACCUAGGCUAUGCUAGGCUCCUCUGUGAUUCUCUACUGCUCGGCGGGCUGGAUCAGCACUACCUUGCCCCGCGUCUCUGCCUCCUCUGUUGACCUCUCCUCUCCUUCACGUCUGGCCUGCACUGCCUCUAUGCUAACUCUGCCUCUAUUCUCACCUCCAGGUCAGCAGUAAUGGGAUAUAGAGAGAGAUGUAUAAACGUCCUCCAGUGACCGUAGGGGUUCGACAGUCGACUGUUUGAUCACGUGGCAUGUAUUCUUUAUUUCUUCGGGUUUCUCUUUUUUUGUUUGUUGUGCUGACUUUGAGAGCGCGACGUCUAUAAAAAGCCCCACAAACGUAAGCCUUCAAACGAUUCCACUUUCUCCGACCCCUCCAGUUGAAAUACUGCCGAGAUGCCGAUGGAUAGGUUUCCCGGGGUACCUCCUCCCCCCAAUUUGGGGAUCGCCCUUAUUUCUAAGAGGGUGCCCAUUCCCCUCGAAGCCCCUUGAUACAACCAGCAUGUGGAGAAGUUUCCCCCAAAACGUGUUUUUUUUUUUUUUUUUUAUCCAUGCUCUUGUAUAUACAUGUCUGUUUUUUUACGCUCCCUUGAACAAUUUUUUUUACAUACAUUUUUUACGCUCCCUUGAAAGUGCCCCAGUGCACUGACCCGGAGCCGCUGUAACGCGGUUGUGCUGUGCAGUUGUGGGCCGCGACAGGCUGCUAGGCUGUGGCUCUGUCGUCUGCAGUUUUGUGUUUUUCAUUCUGCGAGGACACAAAGGGGUACAUUGCACUGCGCCUUGCUGGGAUGUGUCCCUACGCGCUUCCUGCUUUCUCUCUCGUUCUCUCUCCAAGGACGGUGUCUCUUGUUCGCUGGCUCUCUUUGCUCUCCUAAAGGCAAUGUCUGUCGCUCACUCUUUGUAUGCUCUCUCUCUCCUAAGGCCUGUCUCUCGCUCUAUCACCCCAAUAGCAAUGUCUUUCUUUCAAUCUCUCUCCCUCCAAAGGCAAUGUUUCUCCCUCUCUCCCCCCAAAGGCAAUGUCUCCCCCUCUCUGGACCCAAAGACAUGCCUCUCGCUCUCUCCCCCCCCAAAGGCAAUGUGUCUUUCACACACAACUGUUUAUUGGCCUCUCCUCGGGUUUGGGGUUCACAUUCCCGCCAAUGUUGUCCUACCACAUUUAGACUUGUAUGGACUUAGUUUUUUUUUACUGAAGGACAAAAUGUGUCUGUCUUUGUUUGUUGUAGAACAGAAAGAAUAUUAAGGUUCACAUCUAGAUGUACUUUGCGAAGUAGCUUUCCUCGACUGAACUAUUACCAACAUGCCGAUUUAUGUAACAAAGGCCGUCUUUUUUUACUUUGGUCUGAAUGAAAACAUGAUUUUGGAAGGAACUAGAUGUUGAGUUUUCACCCUUACGUUCUGAGGAAGAUAGUUAUUUGUUCGUAAUAACAUUGAAAAUGUGAAUAAAGAGAUGCCUCUUUACCAAG